AUGCCGGCAACACAGUCAAAUUUGCAAAUGUUGCAACAUUUGACCGCUAUCCAGAAGCAGCAGGAAACAUCUUCACAGAGCCUAGAGCUACUUAAAGCUCAGCACCAGGAGUGGCAGAAAUCAGUAGAGGCAUUGUUGUCAGAAAUUCGCCAAGGCAUCAAUUCAAAGUAUGCAAACUCUCAAACUGCAGAACCCGUGCAGCGUGCUGGCGGCGAUUGUGCUGGAGACCUGUUGUUUGCAGAUUUGGAGUCGGUAAAUUCAGACGCAAAUUUCGUAGCUGAGGCGCCGAUGAGUCACCUCCCAAAGGAAUCGGAAUCCGAUGCACAAGUGCCAGAGCAGUCAGAGUCAACUGCGCGUGCUGAAUUUGGUGAGCAUGGUGAGCAUGGUGAGGCGGCACAGCCGAAAUCCAGCAUACAUUUUACAAGGCGAGCUGGCACUUUGGAAGAGCUCUUUCGUACCCGAAAGACCGUAGUUGAAUCUGGCAACCAACCAGUUGGACUGAAGAAGCUGGUGGAAGAAGAGAUGAUCGUGUCGGAAUCUUCAGGACCUGCAACAAUGACGGAGAGAUGUCGCCUCAUGACCAAGAAUGCCGUUGAAUCUGGGUGGUUUGAGUAUGCUUCGGGUUUCAUCAUCUUGGUCAAUUUGAUCACAAUCGGCAUAGAAGCAGAAGAAUCUCUUCAAAGAGGACAGGAACUUGGUCGCGAUUCCUGGGCUUAUGCCAUCGAGCGCAUUUUCUUGAUGAUUUAUUGCGUUGAGGUGGCCUUGGUGACCAUCGGUUUGCUGGCCCUGCUGGUCGCACCCAACAUUGGAGCAGCAUCUAUGGAAGGGGUUGAAAAACUUCUCAUAGUACGAGGCCUUCGGUUGCUGCGCUUGGUGAGAGCAUUGAGGAUGGUGAAUCACUUCAAGAUCAUGUGGCGGUUGGUCUAUGGUCUCCUCACUGCUGCAGAGACCAUCCUGGCAACAAGCGCAUUGAUCCUGGUGUUUAUGUUUGUGUUUUCCUGCGUUGCUGUAGAAGUAAUCAGCAAGGAUCAACGCCUUGCAGGGCUUGAAGACACUGGAUUCAUCAUCAGUGAAUAUUUUGGCAACCUGGGCAAGACAGUGAUGACGCUGAUGCAGUUUGUCACGAUGGAUUCUUUGGCAACGAUUUACUUUCCAUUGAUUGUGGAAGAACCUUUGCUCUUGUGCUUCUUCCUGCCUAUCCUGAUUUUCGUAUCAAUUGGGUUGAUGAAUUUGGUCACUGCUGCUUUGGUCGAAAAUGCAAUGGAACACGCUGCUCAACAAGCAGAGGAUGAGAAAGUUGUUCUCAAAAAGAAAGUCAGGGGUGCAAUGCCUUCCCUCCUCAAGAUCUUCCACACGAUUGAUAAAGAUAACAGCGGCAUGAUUACCAGGGAUGAGCUGCAGAAUGUUCCGAUGGACAUUUUGCCCCCAAAGGUCUUGGCUGCUGUUUGCGUGGACAACUGGGAGGAACUUUUCGAGUAUUUGGAUAUCGACGGAACCGGCAGCCUGUCUCAGGUUGAAUUCGUUGAGGGCCUGCUGAAUCUUUGCCUCCUAGACAUGCCCAUUGCAACGAUUCAGACCCUCAAGCUUCUGCAACUGAUCAGAGCGUCUGAGACGCCAGUGAACCUGUCAAUAUCAGCUUUAGUUUUGGUGGACAACAUCGUUGGUGUUUUGUUCUCCUGGGCCUUGCUUGUCUACCCCAUGCAUGGAGAACUGCAUGAGACAGAAUGGAAAACUUCUGGCAUGGCUUGGUCCUUCGCAUCGUGCAUUGGAGGCGCCGCCAUUGCUUAUGCUGGCAUUGGUCUAUCUCGCAAUUUGAGCGCUACUGGUGCCCUUGUGGUCACAAACAUUGACAAGGUUCUGGUUCUCCUGUAUGGAGUUCUCAUGCUUGGUGAUCGCUUCAACGGUCCCAAGAUCUUAGAUUGUGCACUUGCGCUGCUCGGAGGCGCAUGGCCUUGGUUGCGUCUUCGUAAGGAAUCCAAGGAGGACAUCGACGGAUGUUUUUCGUGCCCUUCCUUUUGACUUCAAACUGGGCAAGUCCACCAAGUGCUUUUUGAGUCGGCAAUUGUGGAGACGUGUCGCGGCUUUGGAUGACUUGAAGGCCUCAAGUGACCAUGAGUUAUGAUGCUGUAGGACCACACUGUAGGAUGUAGGAUGCUG